UUAAUUACUCGUGGUUUGCAGGACCCACGCGUCUCGCCAUCGACGUUGCCGGUGCUCGUGCACGAUCUCGGAACACAGACCGAUGACCCGCCAACGCAAUACAGCAUCUCCAGCCAAGCCCUGAGCACGGUAGCCAUCGACGAGCUGCGACGCUACCGCUGCUUCGUGACCCCACAGGGCUGGGUGCUCGCUCUCGACCCAACCUCCUGCCAGACGUUCCUAUGGCGGCCUCAAGACGGCGAGAGGAUCCAGCUGCCACCCAAGAAGCAGGGGUUCCCUGAAAGCUGCAAGUGCUUGCUCUCCGACAUGCCAGGUGCGGCUUCAGGCUGCGCCGUUGUGGUCUUUGAUCUCGACGACCGUCAGAUGUGGGUGUGCAAGAUUGGGGCGACCGACUGGGACAGCCACCGCUAUGAACCCGCCAUGUACGUCAAAGGUAAGAUCCCACGGAUGAGUAUGAGGAACAUUGCGAGGUGCCACGGCAUCGCAGCCGUCGGUGACAAGAUCUACUUUGAGUUAACAGCCCGUGAGAUGGGGGUCAUUGAGUUUGAUGGAAAGGCGGGACUGAAACUGGACACCAUAGAGGUUGACAUGGUCGACCUGCCGCUAAGCACGCCCAUGGCUUCAAUGUACUUGGUUGAGUCCUGCGGUGACUUCUUCCUCGUUGUCAUCUUCUUCGAUGGCGACAAUGUGCACAAGAUAGCCAAUCAUGCCAUCUACAAGAUGGAUUUCUCAGGGCCAGAAUGGUGCGAGGUGGACGAAAUUGGCGCUGAUACAGUCUUCCUUCUUGGUGGGGAUAUGCUUGGGAAAUCUUGUUUUGGGGCAUCGUGCUUGGCUCCUGAACCUGGUCGCAGAGGCAACUGCAUAUACUUUUUGAACCACAUGGCCACGACUGAGAGUUUUCUACAUGUCAUCGACCUGAAGACAGGGACGGAACAAGUGCAAUGGCCUUUCAGGCACAAUGGCUAUCAUAUGCCAGUCCGGUUGCCGUUCUGGCUACUACCUACAGAAUCCACCUUUCAGGCACAAGGGUUAUCUUUUGUCCCCUGUAAUCCGAGGCCUCUUGCAAGGAGAUACCUUUUUAACUUUUCCUGUAUUUUCUUCUUCUUCUUGUUUCUUUUCCGAACUAUGUACUGAACCUGAAUCAGGUGUAAUUUGUGCUCUGUUUA